GAACGGCAUACAAUUUCGACAAGUAUGGAGCUGAUCUUAUCUCUGAAUUCGGUGUUGAAUACGACACUGAAAGUGUCAUGCACUAUGACAAAUAUGCCUUCAGCAAGAAUGGACAGCCCACAAUUAUUUCUAUCCGGGACCCCAACCAAAGUCUUGGAAACAACAGGGGACUCACCGACAGAGAUAUUCUGAAACUGAAUCGCAUGUAUGGCUGCUGAAAAUAGUGUGAAAAGUGCGCAACAAUAAAUAACUUUAAAGCA